CUGCAGAAGCUGAAACGAUCGCUCUCCUUCAAGACCAAAAGCUUGAGGAGUAAAAGUGCAGACAAUUUCUUCCAGAGGACUAAUAGUGAUGUGAAACUCCAAGUAGAUUUGAUGCCCGAGGUGAGCACGAGCACCGGGCAGCUCCCCAGCUCAGAGAGCCAAGCGUCCUCCCCCACCAGAGCCCAGCAGCUGGCAGAAAACAACAAGGCUCACAUCUUCCAGGAGCACAUCUUCAAAAAACCCACCUUCUGCGACGUCUGCAACCACAUGAUUGUUGGAACGACGGCCAAGCACGGGCUGCGCUGCAAGGCUUGUAAGAUGAGCAUCCACCACAAGUGUGCAGACAGCCUUGGACAACAACGUUGCAUGGGCAAGCUGCCAAAGGGAUUUCGACGGUACUACAGCUCCCCACUGCUCAUUCAUGAACAGUUUGGCUGCAUCAAAGAAGUGAUGCCCAUUGCCUGUGGAAAUAAGGUUGACCCUGUUUAUGAAACUCUUCGCUUUGGGACUUCCUUAGCCCAGAAAACCAAAAAGGGCAGUUCUGGAAGUGGGUCUGACUCUCCCAACAGAAACUCUACAGCUGACCUGGCAGAAGUUCCUGAGGAAGGCAACAGCUCUGCAGGCACCUUGGACACGAGCAGGAGACGCAGCAAUAGUGUGUUUACAUACUCUGAAAAUGGCACAGAACACUUUGGAGAAGAACCAAAAAGUCAACACUCCCCGGGACCAUUUUAUAAAAGCACGUUACAAAUGAACACCUACGUUGCCUUGUACAAAUUUGUACCACAAGAAAACGAAGACUUGGAGAUGAGGCCAGGAGAUAUGAUCACUCUUCUGGAAGACUCCAAUGAAGACUGGUGGAAGGGGAAAAUUGAUGACAGAACUGGAUUUUUCCCUGCUAACUUUGUUCAAAGAGUGCAACACGAUGAGAAGAUUUACAGGUGUAUCAGGACCUUCAUUGGCUGCAAGGAACAGGGGCAGAUAACACUGAAGGAGAACCAGAUUUGUGUGACUUCUGAAAAGGAGCACGAUGGCUUCAUCAAAGUCUACAGCGGGAAGAAGAAAGGCUUUGUCCCCAUAGAUGUCUUAGAAAACAUCUGA